ACAUCUUGCAUGACUUUACUUCGUUGUAUCGUAGCAUAACAACUUGUGAACACUAAAAUGUGAUGGACUAAUGAAAAUUGAAAUGGUCAAAUUGCAUUGGAAGUUCAUUUUCACGUUAUAGGCUACCACGCAGCUGCUAAAUAGUGAAAAGUAGCCUAAUCAGACAGUAAAAGAAAGCAAGUAAUUCAAAAUACAGGCUAGAGAACAGUUCACGUAAUGCUAGAAGCCUUGACCUAGAGUCCUAGACAAACAAACUUCUACAUAUCGUUGCGUAAACUUUGGCUGUAGCUUUAAUAACUUACCACGUUCUUUUUCAGGUGUCAAUUGCAUUGCAUUGGCUCUAUUCCCUCGUAAAUAAGGCUAAAGCAAAGGAAACUAGUCGUAGGGUAGGCUAGACUAGAUAGCCUGCUUAUUUGCAAAAGAAAAAAUAACAACGUUAUACGUUUACUUUUAUCACAAACGCUUACCUUACCACGGUACCACCAAUGUGGCAUCAACAUGAGCAAUGUAGGAGGCAGGUAUAGUCAGCUACAGCAGUUCAGCGUCCUCUCAAGGAAGGAAGAAGAAUUCCGCGAACUUUUUUUCCUAUGCUGUGUCCGUCAGUGACACCGUCCACCACCACCUACCUUGCUUGGCCACAGCUAGAAUCUACGUUUGAGGGGAAUGCUACGCCAGGGGAAUGGUGGCUAUCGGUUGAAAGGCAGCCGACUCUAGCUAUCAUUGGAUUAUCAUUGGCGUUAAGGGAACAUUGAAGUACAAAAUAAUGAAUUUAUUACCAUCAAAUCCACAUGGGAAUGGGCUUUUGUACGCUGGAUUUAACCAGGACCAUGGUUGCUUUGCAUGUGGAAUGGAAAAUGGAUUCAGAGUUUACAACGCAGACCCUCUCAAAGAAAAAGAAAAGCAAGAAUUCCUUGAAGGUGGUGUCGGACAUGUGGAGAUGCUUUUUCGUUGCAACUACCUUGCUCUAGUUGGAGGAGGAAAGAAGCCCAAGUACCCACCUAAUAAAGUCAUGAUCUGGGAUGACCUGAAAAAGAAGACUGUAAUUGAGAUAGAAUUCUCAACAGAAGUCAAAGCAGUUAAGCUCCGACGAGACAGGAUUGUGGUGGUCCUCGACUCCAUGAUCAAAGUCUUCACGUUUACCCAUAACCCGCACCAACUACAUGUGUUUGAGACGUGCUACAACCCUAAAGGUCUUUGCGUCCUGUGUCCAAACAGCAACAACUCCUUGUUGGCUUUUCCGGGCACUCACUCGGGCCAUGUGCAGAUAGUGGACCUGGCCAAUACCGAGAAACCGCCCGUGGACAUUCCCGCACACGAGGGAGCCCUCUGCUGCAUCGCUCUCAACCUGCAAGGCACAAGGAUAGCCACAGCCUCAGAAAAAGGGACCCUGAUCAGAAUAUUCGACACCUCUGCUGGCCAUCUCAUCCAGGAGCUGAGACGGGGCUCACAGGCUGCAAACAUCUACUGCAUCAACUUCAAUCAGGAUGCCUCGCUCAUAUGUGUGUCCAGCGACCACGGCACCGUCCACAUAUUUGCUGCUGAGGACCCCAAAAGGAACAAGCAGUCCAGCCUGGCAUCAGCCAGUUUCCUCCCCAAAUAUUUUAGCUCCAAGUGGAGCUUCUCCAAGUUCCAGGUCCCAUCUGGAUCGCCCUGUGUCUGUGCCUUUGGAACGGAGCCCAAUGCUGUUAUAGCGAUUUGUGCUGAUGGCAGCUAUUACAAAUUCCUGUUCAACCAAAAAGGGGAGUGCGCCAGAGACGUCUACGCACAGUUUCUGGAAAUGACAGAUGAGAAGAUUUGAGACCUGUAACUUGCAUGGGAGGAUCUGAAUGAAUGAAGGGUUUUUGAGCUUAUGCUUGUGUUUACAGCAUACCAGCUAAAAUAAUAACACGAAAACCAUGAACAGGAGUGUUACUUGUUUCUCUCGAUGAAUAGCACCAAUGCCAAGUGAUGUGCUGUGCUUCUCACAGUUCAAUGGAGACUGAGAGACCAAGAGACCUUUGCUGGACUAAUGUUUAGUCCGCCUUGUGACAGGGACAUACAAAUGAAAGACUGGAUACCUGAAGGCACUAAACAGUUUUGUUCUCGCUAUACAAAGUGAGAAUUGGGAAACUUUAUUUUUUGGAGAGGACUAUCGUUACUUUUUAAAAUGUCUUCCAUGAAACUUUUCUUUCAACCGUUUUUUUUUUUUUUUUUUAAUCCUAGCCUUCACUCUGCUAGAUAGUUUGAAAUACAUUGUCCAUAAACAUCACCUAACUCUAACCUGCCUGAGUGCCUCUGUAUAGAUUGAAGAGGUCCAGGUCUAUGUGUGCAUAAUGCACACAUAUGUGUAUGUAAUACAGUAUUUACAAACGUUUGUACAAACAAACAUAGUAGUGUUAGACUCUGUUUCAUCUGCUGUAUAAAACACGCAAAAUCAGGCAUCAAAACAUAACAGCUGAAUCUAAAGCAUUUAUGAGAUUCAUCAUUGGUGAAAAAUAUUUCUCAUUAUUGUUCCAGUGUAUGUGCAAUAUUGUCCUUUACUUCGUUCUCACUCUCUGCUCACGCUUUUCUUUGUCAGCUGUGGACUGAUGUGAUGUGAAUGAAGGUUCAAAAAUCAGAGUCUUUGUGUCGCUGGCAUUCAUCCACUUUCAGAUUUAAGUACGCAGGACCAUGAGAGGCCAUCACACUUCUGUGUGGUGUCAAGAGGAAGAGGAAGGUAUGCGCUACUCAAGAAUCUUUCUAGAUUUACAGCAUUGCUCAUAUAUAAAUCUGUAUAUAUAACUGCCUAAUUUGUAGCCUUACAGAUGACAAAUAAUGGAUUAUUUAAGCAGGCAUUUGUCCCUUUUAGAUAUUUUUCUCCCUUAAUUAAAGAAACGCAAACCACGGAUGUGAGCUAUUUUACUCUCUUGUCACAAACUAUCAGAAAGGCUGUCUCAACUUCAUUGCAUAUUCUCAAAUUGGACAUAUGAGCACAAUAUUUGGGCAAUGUCCUAUGCGUUGUCUACAAGCCACUGUUGCCUUUGUUUCAAACAGUUCAGAUAAACUAACCAAUGCACAGUUUAUGAUCCUCUUUUCUGAAAACAUUCAUCCAAUUGUCCUACACUAAAUAAUCUUGUUAGUUGAUAACAGCAUUUUUGUUAUGACCGCAAUUGCUGGAAGACAUAAUGUGGACUUGUCAGGUAACAAACACAAAAAAGUGCAGUUUAGAACUUGAAUUUGGACUUGCAUCUAUCAAAUUUCCAGAUGCCUGUAUUAUACAUUAGAAUUGCUUUUGAACCCAAGGAAAUUAAUAUGAGGGGGUAAAAAGCUUUACUUUAUAUUUCUGACUUCUUCCAUUUGUUACAUUGAUUUGUUUAUCACUGAGUACAGGAAAAUGUGUAUGUGUUUGUUGAUUUAAUUGUUUCUUUAAUUGUUUCCCUCCAAAAUUACUUGCUGGUCAAACAGCUUUGUUCCAUUUCUGAGUUCUUGCUGGAAGACAGCAUACUGAAUGCAUUUCAUGCUUUGAUUGUAAUUGUGAUAACACUAUAAGUACACAGUCAAAUAAAAAAAGUCUGAUAUACUA